GCGGCGUCACUCCCAGCGCCACGCCGGCCCGGCCGGCAGCCCGGGAUCCCCCUCGAGCAACGACGACGCCGGCGCGGCGCUCCCCGCACGCCGCUCGCUCCUCGCCGCUCGCUCCUCGCCGGUCGCGACGUUUGUGGCGGAGCGGCCGACGCGACCGCGCCGGGUUUUUAAAUCGGAGGUGGACAAGGUCGGCGCUUGACGGGGCGCCGCUGACCCCUGACCUCGGUGACCGGAGGGGGGGCGGCGGCUCCGUUGCGUUUCGGGCGGCGCUCGCGGCGGCGGCGUUGGCGACGCCGGAGAAGCAGCAUCGCCGCUUCGGCGCCCAGAGAGAGAGAGAGAGGAGCCGAGCGCCUGGCGGCGUCGGCGCUUGCGGUGCUGUGGCGGCGCGGAUGGCGGUGAGGAGGGAGGAGCUCAACCACUGACACGACCGCGGAGCCAUGGAGCGGCCAGCGGAGCACCACUGAGCAACGCCGGCGUGGAGACAGGAUGGGUAACGCGUACGCGGGGCAGCUCAAGUCGGCGCGGUUCGAGGAGGCGCUGCACAGCUCCAUCGAGGCGUCGCUGCGCUCGGGUAGCGCGCUGCCACGCCCCGUCUUCUCGCAGCUCUACCUCGACUGCGAGCAGGACCCCGGCUCCCCCGAGGAUGUGAAGCCCACAGUGGAGGAGCUGGAGCAGGAGCUGGGGGAGGGGGUUUGCGGAGACGCUGGGGGGGGGCGCGGGGGCGUGGGGGGGCGGCGAGGCGGGGGGCGUCGCGGCGCCGCUCACGACGAGGGCGUUGGCAAGGAGGGUUCUGGUUCUAACGAGGAGAACGAGGAGGGGGAGGAGCGGCUCUCAGACUCCAACAGCCCCCCCACCCUCUACCCACCCAACCCCCCCCCAGAAGGGUGCUGCACCACCGACGGCUUCUGCCAGGCCGGCAAGGACCUGCGCCUGGUGUCACUGUGCGCCGACGCGCUGGAGGUGCCUCCCGGGUUCCACCUCGUCGGGGCCAAGUCGCCCUCGCUGCCCGAGCAUGUGCUCGUAUGCGCCGUCGAUCGCCGCUUCCUGCCCGACGAGACUGGCAAGCAGGCGCUGCUGGGUUUCUCCGGGAACUGCAUGGGGUGUGGAGAGAGGGGAUUCCGCUAUUUCACCGAGUUUUCCAACCACAUCAAUUUGAGGCUUACCACGCAGCCCAAGAAGCAGAAGCAUCUCAAGUACUUCCUGGUUCGCAACGCGCAAGGGCUGCUGGUCAAGGGGCCGCUCAUCUUCUGGAACGAGUACCGGGGUCGUCUGUACGCCGCGCCACCUCCGGGAGGGGGCCCGUCAACCCCAGGGCCCCACGUCGCCACGCUCCUCCCGUUACCGGCACCGGACGAGGUGCCCGGCGCAUCGGGAGGGCCCCGUCUCGCUGGCACGCAACUCGGGGUCGCGGCGGAGCGCGGCAUCGGCGACGGCGGGCUGGGCUCUGCCUCGGCGCCGGCGUCGUUCCUGGCGACGCCCGAACCGUUCCGCCACCACUCGGUGCUCAAGCCCAGCCCCGCGUUCCACCCGCAGGCGGUGGCGCUCGCCCGACCCUCGGCCAUCGCAGCUCACUACGGAGCUUACCACGUUUCCUCCGCCAUCCGGGUCAACGGGAACGGCGGCGGGGGGAUGCCGGGGGGGGGGCCCGCAGGCCCGCGGGGGGCCCCUGGCGGCAACCAGCUCUCCUCCACGCACCUGCGGCCACCCUCGCCAACGGGCGUCGCCUCCGCCAUGGACAACGGAGUGUCGUCGGCGGGGCCCCCUAAGAAGCGUCACAGGGGCUGGUCCCCAGGGUCCCCCUCCGGCGUGGGGACCAGCGGUGGUCCCCCUCCGCCGGUGCACCACUCAAGCCGCACAGAUCCGGCGCUGGCGGCGAGUGCGGUGCCGACCUCCAUGGUGGGCGGCGGCGUGGCCGGGGCGGCGCCGCUCGCCGGGGAGAGCGUCGUGGUGCCCGACAGCCUGGCGGACGUCUGCGGAACUCGGCCCGUCAUCCUGAUAGGCCACGGCACGCUGCCCUACCUGUACGGCGACGUGGGCGACAUCGUGGUGAGCCCGGCGCUCAUGAGCUGCUACGGCUCCCCGCAGUUCCCCCCGCCGCGCGCCGCCGAGGCGCUGGGCCUCGCGCCCUCCGCGCCGCCCCUGCCCAUCGAGACGCAGAUCCUCCUCACCCUGCACUACCUCGCCCAGCUCGGCGGAGACCGCCCCCCCUUCCGGGAGGAGUUUGAUCAGAUCCUGCUGCGCACGCAGCAGCAGCAGCAGCAGCAGCAGCAGCAGGGCGGCCCGGACGCCUCGCACAUCCACUCGUCUCUGGGCGGCGUCAUCGUGAGCGGCGGCGGCGGCGCCCCCGGUCCGGCACCCCCGCCCUGCAUCUCGCCGCCCCAGCUGCCCUGGCUGGCGCGCCUCGCGGCGUGCCCGUCGGGCGGCGCCGUGCGGGUGCUGGCGACGCAGGGCUCGCUGGGCGAGGGCCUGGCCGAGACGCUCGGUUCGCUGGCGCGCUCGCCGCGGCCCGCGGCGCCGGGUCGGCUUCACGGAGGAGACGGCGGCGCCGCGACGGCGGGGGCGGCGUGGGGGCCGUCGGUCGGCGGCGGCCGGACGACGACGGCGGCGGCGCGGUUCAACCGCCCGCGCUACGUGGUGGUGGUGUGCACGUCGUGCGCGAGGGGCAGCGAGUUCUGCGUCAUCGUCACCGGCCCCCUGCAGGCUCGCGCCAUAGCAGAGAACAUGCUGUCCGUGGCCGAGUGCCUCAAGGAGAUCAGCUACGAGCUCAUUACCGGCAAAGUCGGCAUCCUCGCUUCUCACUUCCAGUGCAGCUCACACGAGCGAGAGCUCGACUGGCUGCUGGACCGCUUCGAGGAGGAGAGGGAGGGACGCGUCUUCGCUCCCUACGGCGACGACGAGGGGGGGCGGCCGCUCUGCGCCGACCAGGAAGCGGCCGUCGCCCUACCCCCCGCCGACACAGUGUCCCCCCCGGAAGGGUUCCGCCUGCAUCCGGCGCAGUUCUGGGUGGCCCGGAAGCUGCUGUCGCAGGUCUGCGCCAUCGCCGACGCCGCCACGCAGCACCUAGACCUGGGCCGCUUCGGCCGCGUCCACUUCCUGCUUCUGAUCCCGCCCUCCGAGAGCCUCUACCGGCAAACGCUGGAGCGGCUCAACCAGUCCGGCAUCCUGGCUGACCUGGGCGUGGAGGAGGGGUCGCAGAAGGGCGAGCGCUAUGUCGCGCGCCUCGACGGCGACGGGCAGGCCAAGUUCGAGGCCUUUCUGCACCGCGUGCGCCGCAACCCCUACACACUGUUCGUGCUGGUGCACGACCAGGCCCACGCCGACACCACGAGCGGCGCGUCGAUGUCGGGUUCCCAUGGCGACGUCUACACGGGGCUCGCCGACCGGCUGGUGAACUGCCGGGAGGCGCGCGAGGCGGCGAACCUGCUGACGCUGCAGGUGUCGGCGGCGCCCUACGGCCUGCAGAGCCAGCACUCCCGCAUCGCGCCCUACAACGAGGUCUACUGGCCGCUCACCGACCCGGUGCGGCAGGAGGGCCCACACCUGCUGGGGAGCGAGUACUUUGGCUUGAGCGAAUUCCGGCGAGAGAUGCACUCGCCCACUCGGCUGCCGGCGAUGCGGCAUGACGAGGCCUUCGAGAGCCUCGCGGAGACGCUGCUGGAGAGGUUCCCGCGCCUGCACAGCGCCGUGAUCCGCACCUACCUGCUCGUGCGGCACUACGCGGCGGCGCUGCUGGCGACGGCGGGCGCGCACGGCGCCGAGGCGCAGUGCACGGUGGAGACGCGCGCCAUGCUGGGCGCCGUCGCGGGCCCCCCGUGCGCCAGCGGGCGCGGCCCCAUGCUGCUGCUGCGCGUGCCGUCGCCGCAGCUGGCGCGGGUCGCCUACGAGCGCCUCCUGGACGUGCGGCGCCGCCUCGGCAUGAGCUACCGCUUCGAGGUGGUGCUGGCGGGUGCCAACGGCGUGGACCUGACCGUCGGGAAACACUUCUUGGCUCGGCUCCGGGCGUGGCGGGGCGUGGAGGACAGUGACUGGGUGCCCCGGAGUUUCCAGGACCUGGAGGACCUGCCGUGCAUCCUGCUGCUCGGCGGCAAGGACCUGUGCGGCGAGACCCUGCCCAGGUCGCUCAAGUACUGCGACCUGCGACUCGUGAGCACGAGCGGAGUGACGCGCACGGCGCUCGAGCAGGAGCUCGGCACGGCCGCACGCUACGUCACCCGGGCGACCGCGUCGGCCGGGAAGCGCGCCCUGAGCAACGAGGGGCGACGGGCGGGGGCGCCGGGGGAGGGGCUGCGAACGAGGAGGGCCAGCGGGGAGGAGGCCCACAGCAGCCCCCACAGCGAGGGCAGCACCAUGCCCCCCACCACCUCCUCCUCCAGUGGAGUAGCAGAGAACGGCUCGAGCCCGGUCUCCAGCGAGGAGGGCUCAUCCCUCAAAUCUACCGGCACCGGCUCCGACCCCAAAUCUCCCGACGCACUUUCCCCCGACAUCGCCGCCCCCCCGCCGGUCCCGCCGGCCCCACCAGCCGAGGGAAGCGCAAGCACGGCCCUCGGGACGCACCCCCCGGUUCCGUCGGACCCGACUCCCGAACCGACGACGGAACCAUCCGCCGAGAUCUCCACGCAAACGGGCGGCGACCUGAAGCCGGCGCUCGUCAACGGCGAUGUAGGCCUCGUCGACGAGCGGGCCGCCACCAGCCGGGCCUCCUCGUCUCCGGCGACCGCGGCGGCCCCCUCCGCGCUCCAUCCGGCACCGCCGGGACCCGCCGAGGUGCUCCCCCCGUGCGUGCUGCUGCCCAAGGCCGUCGCCACUCUGCUGCGCGGGCAGGGCGGGGGCGAGUUGCACGCGCUGCUGCCGCCCGCCCCCAGGGUGGGCUGGGCCACGCACCUGCGGCCGCCCCCGCCGGCGCACGCCCCCGCCGUCGCCGCUGCAUCCUCGGCCUACUGCAGGCUGUGGACGGUGGCGCGGCAGCAGCACUGCGACCACGACAACCGAGCGGCCGACGGGGGUGGCGUGGGGGCCGGGGGGAGCGGUGGAUUCCACCCGCGCCGCCUGCUGCUGUGCGGCCCACCGCAGGUGGGUAAGACCGGCGCCUAUCUGCAGUUCCUGCGUGUGCUCAACCGCAUGCUGAUCCGCCUGCAGGAGGUGGAUGUCUACAACGAGGAAGACAUCAACCAAGACCUGCUGGAGGGGAGCUCGAGCCUCCACGUGUCGCAGGACCAGUGGCCGGACAUCGAGGCCUUCCGCAAACUAACCUUCGACCCCGUGCUACGCGACAGCCGCUUCCGCAAUGCCAGCCCCGUCUACACGCCUCGCUUGGGGUCAAGGGUCAAGUCUGGACUGGCGGAGCGAUCGGGCGGAGCCAAGCGACGCACCGUGUCCGUCACGCUGUCCAAGUUCGCGGCUCACAACACGUUCCACCACUGCGAACAGUGCCACCUCUACACGGACCCCGGCCCGCCCACGCAGGCGCGCGAGGCCGGCCUGCACGCCUUCACAUUCUCGUCGGCGGCGUUGGGCGAGGAGGUGACGCUUCACUUCCUGGUGCCGCGCUCCCAGGAGCACCACUUCGUGUUCAGCGCCAGCGGCCGCUCCAUGCACAGCUUCCGCCUGCCGCUCACCACCGACACGGAGGACACGGUGGCUGUGCGCAGCCCAAUCUUCACUCCAAGCACGGGGCGGCACGAGCACGGGCUGCUCAACCUGCACCACGCGCUCGAGGGCGCCGGCGCCGCCGCGCUGCACGUGGUGGUGGUGCGCGCCGGCGAGGUGCCCGCCUACCAGCGCUACUGGCCCAACCACGUGCUGCUGGCGCUGCCCCGGCACCUCGACCACACCGGCGUCGGCCUGGCACGGUGCCUGGUCCAGGAGCUGUGCCGGGAGAAUCUGGAGCGCGAGCGAGCACGCCGAGCCGCCCAGGUGGAGGCGGCGGGGUCGGCGGCAGGAGGCGACGGGGCCCCGGACGCCGCCAGCGAGUGCACCGCUCCUGGCGCGCGCCCGCAGGACGUGUGGCCGUUCGUGCUGGUGAUGGACGACUCGUGCGUCAUGUUCUACGAGGCGCAGCCCCGACGGAGGGCGGGAGCCACCGGGGUGGAGACGUCCGAGGGGGAAAUGGAACCAGACGGGACGACGCGUGAGCCGCAGGCGUCCGCCGGCGGCGACACCGUCGCCGCCGACACGGAGCGCUGCGUGUCGCUGCGCCACGUGCUGCGCCGCCUGGAGGCGACGCCCAAAGCGACGCGCUACGCCGUGCUGGGCGUGCGGCGCUGGGGCGGCUCGUGGCGCGCCGCGGGUCUGCCCGGUGCGGCCGGGACGGCGCGCCUCCACUCCUUUUCACGCCGACACCUCCACGACCUGGUGCUGCUCAACGUGGAGCUGACGCGCGCCAUUACGUACGACCACAACCGGUACUCGUGUGAAGAUGUGGAUUUCAACCUGCGCGCCGAUGGCCAGGCCUUGCUGCUGUGCUGCUUCAACGCGUUCAGCGUCAUGAAGAAACAUGUGGGCGUGGGCGGCCACCGGCACGUUCCUGUGCCACAGGCACCUACGGCGGCAGGGGUGUGCGCGCCCGUCUCCCCGAGCCAGUUCGUGUGCGCCCCAGACAGUGACUACACCUUCUUGCAGGCGCCGGCUCACCUGUUACUCGAGCGCUACCUGCGCGUGGCCGGCAGCACACUGUUUCCGCACGCGGCGCGCUCACACGCUCACCCCGUGCUCGCCCUCGACUCCUACCUCAACCUGGGCGCACAGGUGUCCGUGUGCUACGCAAGCUCCCGAGCCGCCCCUGUGGGCCCCCCCGGCCCCUUCCCCGUCUACAGCGGCCUCCUGCUCUACCUGUGCGAUUCAGGGCUGACGGCCGACAUGCUGCGUCGAUUCAAGUUUCUGCAGGGCGCGACGCUCUGCGUCAUCUGCCAGGACAGGAGCUCGCUGCGUCAGACCGUGGUGCGGCUGGAGCUCGAGGAGGUGUGGCAGUUCCGUCUGCGAGAUGAGUUCCAGACGGCCAACUCGCCCGGAGACCGCCCCCUGUUCUUCCUCACGGGCCGUCACGUCUGAGUCCGGAACCGAGUCCACCCUGUACCCCCUGCACUACCCAGCAGGCGUCCACCCUCUACCCCCUGCACUACCCAGCAGGCGUCCACCCUCUACCCCCUGCACUACCCAGAAGGAGUUCACCCUCUACCCCCUGCACUACCCAGCAGGAGUUCACCCUCUACCCCCUGCACUACCCAGCAGGCGUCCACCCUCUACCCCCUGCACUACCCAGAAGGAGUUCACCCUGUGCUGGCUCGGGCAGGCGGGAAGCAGUCGGUUCAGCGAUGCGGCCGUGAGCAUGGGGAGAGGAGGUUGUGGCGGCGUCGCAGGACGCAGCGAUGCGGUGCGACCGGACCUCGGCGUGUGUUCCCGCAUGAGACAGAUUCGCUCGCCCCUCACGUCGCCUGACUCGCUCGCCUGUCACCUGCCUCAGGUGCAGCUGUUGAUCAAAAUCCUCCGGCAGUUCGCUUGGCGUCCGUCGUGGCUGUGCCUUCGUCGUUGGAGCACGCCCCCCCCCCCUCUGUCCACAAUCUGCUCCCCUUUCCCACCCUCGCCCAGCCCCCACAACGUCGAAUUGCCCCUCCCCCUUGCUCUCCCUGCCCAACCCCCCUCAGCUGGGCAGUGGGGGUUGAGUGACUGGCGUCUCACUGAGCACUCAAUGUCAAAAUCAACAUCGUGCCGAACUCACCAGGGGGUGUGCGAUCUAAUCAACAACAACAAAAUUACAUCAACAACACGGGGACCCCAGGGGGUGGGGGUCCAGGUCACGACCUCGCGUGACCUGGCGUGUGGAGGGUCCAUGGUGCCGCCUGUCAAGACAGCCUCACUGCGGUGUGUGUGAGUGUUUCGGAUAUGUGUGCGCGUGUGUGAGAGUAUGUGUGCGUGGGCGAGAGAGUAUGUGCGAUUGUGUAUGGGAGUGAGAGUGCUUAGUGCCGCUGCGGUGUGUGUACACGUGUGAGUUGGUGUGUACACAUGUGACUGUGUGUGCGGUUGUCUGUGUACACGUAUGUACACGUGUGUGUGCCAGUGUGUACAUGUGAAUGUUUCGGUAUGUAUGUGUGCACACGUGCGACUCUGCGUGUGCCACUUCGGCCUUCAUAGGUGCUAGCUACAGCACUUGCCCCAACAGUCUGUUAAAGGCUAUACGGGGGUCUAUGUGUAUGUGUGUACACAUGUGAGUGUGUCUGUGUGCACGUGUGGGUGUGUGUACACGUGUGGAUGUCUGUACACGUGUGAGGGUGUGUGUACACGUGUGAGCGCCAUGCCAAGAAAUUGAAUCACGCGUGGGUGUUUGAUGCUUCUCGGGUGGUAGAGGUGGAGACCCAGUGAAGGAGACAGCUACAGAUGUGCAAGAGAAAGGGGGUUACAGUUGGAGUGCAGUUCCACGGUGGUGUGGGUUAGGGAUUGGAGUGCGGUUAGACGGUGGUGUGGGUUAGGGAUUGGAGUGCGGUUAGACGGUGGUGUGGGUUAGGGAUUGGAGUGCGGUUAAAUGUUGGUGUGGGUUAGGGAUUGGAGUGCGGUUAGACGGUGGUGUGGGUUAGGGAUUGGAGUGCAGUUAGACGGUGGUGUGGGUUAGGGAUUGGAGUGCGGUUAGAUGGUGGUGUGGGUUAGGGAUCGGAGUGCAGUUAGACGGUGGUGUUGGUUAGGGAUUGGAGUGCGGUUAGACGGUGGUGUGGGUUAGGGAUUGGAGUGCGGUUAGACGGUGGUGUGGGUUAGGGAUUGGAGUGCGGUUAGACGGUGGUGUGGGUUAGGGAUCGGAGUGCAGUUAGACGGUGGUGUGGGUUAGGGAUUGGAGUGCAGUUAGACGGUGGUGUGGGUUAGGGAUUGGAGUGCGGUUAGACGGUGGUGUGGGUUCGGGAUUGGAGUGCGGUUAGAUGGUGGUGUGGGUUAGGGAUUGGAGUGCGGUUAGACGGUGGUGUGGGUUAGGGAUUGGAGUGCGGUUAGAUGGUGGUGUGGGUUAGGGAUUGGAGUGCGGUUAGACGGUGGUGUGGGUUAGGGAUUGGAGUGCGGUUAGAUGGUGGUGUGGGUUAGGGAUUGGAGUGCGGUUAGACGGUGGGGCGAGUGUCCGGCUCCUCUGUGCUGGUGCUGUCAGUGAGACUAGGAUUCAUCGCGAUGAGCAUUCUCGUUAUGGCUGGUGAUGGCGGUGGGGUGAGAGAUGAUUGCUGUGGACGUGAUGAAGGACGUUGGGGUUCGGAGCAGUGGUGCAGCAGCGUGUUUUAUUGGGCGCCGGAGCAACGAAUGAAGUUGGUAACCUGGCACCUGGGCCCCUCCGGCCCGUGGGCCCUGGUGCCCGUUGCACCGCCUGCACGCUCCACAGCGGCGCUGCUGGUGGGCGCGAGGGUUGUAGCACGCGGGGCGGGCGUGGUGGGGCACCCGGCAAUCACCCCGACUCUUGCGGAUGCACGUCGAUGUGGUCACCACGGUGAGCGACUGAUGGGUCGGCACUCUGCCGCCAUCUCGCUCCUCCGCCACCGCCCUAACCACGUCCUCCCUGACACCCUAACCACUGCCACUUCGCCCCAUCCACUCUGCCGGUUCCCUACGCACGGAGUGUUUAGCCACCUUGCUCCAUCUCCCUGUCCCCCACCCUCCAC